GGUGCCUACUGUUAGACUCCUUGAAGCCCCAGUUAAAAUUUUCAACUUGCUUUUGUUGCCCACCCAACAGUCAAAAUACAUAUUGAGGCUAAUAUUAAAAACUGAAAACCUGGAAAAUGUUAAUUUUGGGUUAUCAUAUAUGACAUUUGAACAACUAAUCUCAUCCUGCGGCUCAGGAGGUAAAGCGUCGUUUCCUAACCGGAGAAUUAGCGGUUCGAUUCCCGGUUUAUCCAGUCAACGUGUCGAAGUGUCCUUGAGCAGGACACUGAACCCCAAUUGCUCCCGGACAUAACACCGGUGCGUGAGUGUGAAAGCGCUUUGAGUGUAAAGCGUAGAAAAGCGCUAUGCAAGUGUAAAACCAUUUAUCAUCAAAAUUGUUGCCUAUUAAAUCCCUGUUAGUUGACUAAUCAAUAAAGUAUCGGUUUCUGGCGUUACUGUGUUGGUCAGUAAAUCCGUGGGUCAAUAACCUACAUACUUCCAAUAUUAAGUCGCCGAGUUUAUUUGUCUAUUUACGGAUAUUGUUUCCGGGUUUGCUCUCCUAGCCUCUUGUGAUUGGACUAUCGGCUAUGACGACCCCACAACAGAGGUUCUGAUUGGAUAGCACACGGAAAACAGGUAGUGGAAACGACGCAUUUUGAACCCGCUAAAUGGCUGAUUUCAUAUGAAAAACAUUGGUUUAUGUGGGCCUUCAAAUAAGUAUUGUCGCGUGCUGAACGGGAAGUUUGUACCGAAAAAAACUGCAUUGUUAAUCCGCGGUGGGAAAGUACUCCAUGUUCAUGUUAGUGCUGCCAGUUGCCGCCUCUACAUUACCAUCAUGGAAACACCUCUGCUUCCCCGUGAGUCUGGCCGAUUCAUAGCAGAGCAGAGUCGGGAUGUGUUUGUGGAAGAGGAAGGCGUGCAGAAGGUGGCAGAGAUGCUCUUCGCUCUCCGACACAGUGAAGAUCUGUCUGCCAGUAACUGGAAGAAGGCAAAUCCACUGGCUCCAGCACCCACAUCUGACCAGGCCCUCAACUGGGUGUUUGUGGUAGACACUAUGAACUUCUCCUUUUGGCCAGAGAACGAAACUCAGCAGUGUGAGGUGACCUAUAAAGGCAACACGUACACAGGCUACAUGACCCUGUGUGCUGCAAUCACCAGGGCCAUGGAAGAAGGUAUACCCAUCACUGAUCCAAAGUACUUCUCUCAGAUGAGUAUGGAGGAGCUGGCGCACGUCCUUCGAUCAGACAAUGAAACAUCCAUGCCUAUGCUUCAGGAGCGCCAUCAGGUGCUGACUGAAGGUGGUCACGUGCUGCUGGAACACGGCGGAAGUUUCCGCAGUUUUCUCAGCCAAGCCGGGAACGAUGCCUGGAAGAUGGUGGAGCUCAUCGUGGAGAAGAUCCCUUCCUACAGAGAUGAAGCUACGUAUGAGGGUAAGAAAAUCUCGUUCUACAAGCGAGCUCAGAUCCUGGUGGCAGAUUUGUGGGGUAUCAUGGAGGCCAAAGGAGAGGGAGACAUCAUUAACAUGGACUGGCUCACCAUGUUCCCAGACUACAGGGUCCCACAGACUCUCGUCUACCUUGGAGCACUACGAUACUCGGACACAUUGAUGCAGACGCUGAAGAAUGGCGAGCUGCUCUGUUCGGGGGACAGGAGAGAGGUCGAGAUCCGAGGUUGUUCGGUUUGGGUUGUGGAGCUGAUCAAAGACCAUCUAUGGAAGCUGGUGCAGGAGAGAGAAGGACAUACCUGCAACAUCAACUCCGCAAUCAUCGACUUCUACCUGUGGCCUUAUGCCAAGAAGAACCACAAAAAGAUGGCCCACAUUCCCAUACACCACACACGCUGUAUUUACUACUGACGAGCUGGGUGGCAGCACUAGAUACAGUAGGCUGCACUUCUCAGUAUGCAGCCUUGGCACCAGUGCUUUUCCCUGGGAUACAGCCAAGCAUGCCUCCUUGCCAGAUAUAUGUAUAAAUGGACUUCUCUCAAGCUAAGUGAAACAGGUGUGAAGCUCUACUGUAGUGCCUGUGUGGGUAGAAGCUCUGUUGUCUAUUUUCAGUCUUGUUUA